AUGAGACGAUUCUAUAGCAGUUCUCAAUACGGCAUUAGCACAGAUGCGCUAUCCUUCACCGAAGUGACAAAUGACGGUUUCGAGGAAGGAGACAGGGUCCUCAGACCGACUACUCUGUUCUCCGCUGAGGCACAGAUAUGCCCCAAGGCACCGAGUCUGUAUUUGCGAAUUCAGAAUGUCUUGUCAAUGAAAGACAUGCGGCUACUACGCGACGACGAAUACUAUGAUGAGGUGGAGAAGAACUAUUUUGCAGUCCUCCCGAUUUGCAAACACAAACAGAAAACGCUGUGGAUGCAGUCUAUUCCUCGAGACGUAUUGACUCACGAGUAUUCGAACUGCAACGAUUGCAACACCGACUGGGAGAUUGAAUUGUUUGAAAACCGACCAAGUGGUCAUGUCACAAUGGUGAUGACCAGAUACAUCGAUCUUGGGCCCGGUCUCAGCUUAGAUGAUCCCCAAUGGAGGGUUCACGCGUGGACUGAGUGGGAAGAGUCGGUUUGCAAACUGGACUCGAAAUACAUGACCUCGAGUCCUCGACAUACAUUCGAGACCCUUACCGAUACCUCGCUCGAUGACUUGACUUCUCACAAUCUCUCUUACCUCGAAAAUGAGAGGUAUCAAACCGUGAUGGUACCAGGACCCCGCAGUUGGCCUCGUUCAUGGGCUCUGUGGAAUGGGGCAGCUGUGCGUUCGUGA